AUGAACAGCUGGUUUAUUGCGAUUCUUGAAAGCGGAAAAGACUACGAUUGGGUCUGCAAGAAUCCUGAGCUAGCCAUAGGCACCCUCGCGUACGCAGUUGCAUCAAAAACGCAUCUAUCAGCUGUGGAGAUAAAGAGCAAAGUUAGAAAGAUGUUUACACAUGCAUUUGACUAUGCAUACGAGUAUCUCACGCAUGGAGAUUCAUCUAAAAGCAGCCAGAAAAUUGAAGAAAAUAUAAUCGCCCUGAAUAACCUGUUUAUUCUUGUGGAUCAAAUCAGAAACGAAGGAGGGUUUAUUUACUACACACCGCUCGUCUGCGAGUUCAUUGUCUCCUCUUUUGCGCAGGAAAGAGAGAAAGCUGUUUUAGCUAAAAGAUUAGCCCCGAUGCUAUUCACAGAAUGCCCAGACGAGGUGUUCAUAGGCAUUUUCAAAACAUUUGCGCUCAUGGAAAGCAAAAACGAAGCUAUCCCAGACGUGCUGCCAGAUGUCCUCCAAAAAACAAAGAAGGAAACCCUACAAAAAAUACUUAAAUUUCAGAAUGCACACCCCACACAGCUGAAGUUCCUGCACAAAAUAGGAAUUGUCAAAAACUUCCACCCCAAGGUAGUUUCAGUGCCAUCAAAGCCGCCCAUCUUUGAAAUGUCGCAUGUGAGUACAGAGCUAAGCAAAAAAAGUGCUGAUUCAGAAGAAGCGGGCUUGCACAUGAAGAUAAAAGAGUCACUGCAAAUAAAAAUAUUUGCAAGCACUGUUGAAGAAGCGUUCAACAAGAAGAUACUGAAUACGCUGGAAAAAGAAAAAGAGAUCGAAAUAGGAAAAGUGCUGCUCUACUACGAAAGACUCUCUAUAUCGACCUAUAAGACUGCAAACACCAUCCCUGUGGAGAUAAUACAGUACGCUCUUGUGUGGAGUAAAAAUAGGAACGAUCUGAAGAAAGCAGCACACCCGUACAUUGAGCGAAGAGUCCCAAGUACGCCUAAGUUUGUGCCUGUGGUUGCAGCAUGGUGCAUGAUCUACGAGCAAAACGCUCUCCAUGCAGAUUUUUCCUCUUUUGAUAAAGAAGCAGGAGAGAUACUCCUGAAAAGCUGCUGUUUUUUCCUAUCAAUUUACGAGAAAAAAGAUAAGGAAGAAAAGUGGGAAGAGACAGCAGAGAUGUUUAAAAUAUUUAUAAAGCCAAGCAACUUCCCAGGGCUUGCAAGAAUCCAUGCAAAGCAUCCCUGGACACUGAGAAACCCUGCAAUAACCAGUGCAUAUAUGCACAGCAGGUUGAAUAGAUCAGAAUAUUCCCACGAGAUACUCAAAUUCUACGCUAGUAAGCUGAUGCAGUAUAAGUUCAUAGAAACAGUAACAGAAUGCAACUUAGAAUACGAAGCAUACUGUGAAUUAGAGCAGCGCGCAGAUAAAGAGCCAGCAAACAGCACAGAAAACCUGAAAAACUACAUAAAGCAGUCAGCAGCUAGAAAAAAGAUAGACCUGCACAGAAAUAGCGAACAAAAACAGUUUAAAAUAGAGAUAGAGAAUGUGCUGAGAUAUGUCCAUGCUACCAUUAAAAAGUACGGCGAAGAAAGCGCCCAGCUAAAGGAAAUAGUGAAAAUCCUGCUAGCAGAUGGCCCUAAAGAGUGCCCGUCUCCAAUGCUAAAAGACAUAUUCGAGAAAGCCCCAAAGAAAAAGCAAAUCCAAAUAUUUCUAAAAAUCCUGUACAUCUUUACCAUUUUAGAAACGGAUCUUCUCUCUCUAGCAGGAAUCUCGCAGACACUCAGCCCAAAUGCAGAGUUUGAAAAAGAGGAACCAUAA